AUGACAUCACAGUGGCACGAAUUUUACCGACAGGCAAGGAGUGGCUGUUGGAAACUGAAACAAAGCUUGACCGCUGACCGGCGUGCAGGGAUGCAGCUGCGUCGCCCCUUGUCCCACGCCUGGGCGCGUGCCGUGGGUCUUCUGUUGGAGCUCCCGAGGAGACGCUUCCAAGCCGACAUCAUCUCCCACAACUCGGCCAUCAGCGCCUGCAGCAAGGCGGAGCAGUGGACUGAGGCGCUCUCGGUCCUCGCAGGCCUCGACGCGGCCUCCCUGCAAGGGACUAUUGUCACCUUCGGGGCGGCGCUGGAUGCCUGCGCCCGCGCGGGCGCCUGGCAGCAGGCUCUGCUGCUGUGUGCCGAGCUCCCGGCCCGGGGCUUGCAGCCGAAUGCUGUUACGGAGGACCGCGCGGUCCACGCGUUCUCCAAGGCCUCCGUGUGGCACGCGGUGCUAGAGGUCUUCUGGACGGCCCAGGCCUCCGGGCGCGGCACCUCGCGCCUCUACAACGCGGCCAUCACGGCGUAUGGCCGAGGGCAGCACUGGCGAAGUGCGCUCUCCCUCUUCGAGGACAUGGUGAGCCAGACACUUCCCCGAGAUGUGGUGACCUUCUGUGCGUCGAUCGCCGCCUGUGACAAGGCAGGGCACUGGCAGAAGGCCGAGCUUCUCCUGGCGCAGGCCGAGCGGUGCACGAGACUGGACGUGGGGAUCUACAACGCCUGCAUCAGUGCCUGCGGCAAAGGCCUGGCCUGGCAGAGAGCCUUGUCCCUGCUGGACCGGAUCCAGGGCUCCGGCCUCACCGCCGAUGCGGUGACCUGCCGCUCGGCGAUGAUUGCGUGCGGCCGUGCUGGACGCUGGGAGGCGGUGCUGUUGCUCCUUGCCGAAGCCGAGCGGCUGGGCAGCUUCACGGCCGCCACGUACGCCGCGGCCAUGGACGCCUGUGUCACGGCAGGGCGCUGGGAGUGCGUGCUGGUGCUCUGUGACACCAUGGACAGCCGCCGCUUGCGCGAGAGCGAUGCCACGCGAGCUGCAGUGGUCCGGGCCUGUGCCUUGGGCGGACUCUGGCAGCAGGGCCUCGUCGUACUUGCACAAGCUGGGCUCGAGGGACGAACUGCGGCCACAAACGCCGCGAUCGUCGCCUGCGGCCGCGCGGGGCGGUGGAGCCAGUCUUUGGCAUUGCUCUCUGAGCUGCAGCAGGCACGUCUUGUGGGCGUCGACACCUACACCGCCGUCCUCAGCGCAUGCGGUGUUAGCGGCCAGUGGCAGCAUGCUGCAUUGAUCUUCGAGGAGUUAGAGGAAACAGGCCUCGAGCUGGACCUGGCGGCCCACACGGCCGCGGCCGCGGCCUUCGAGGCCUCAUCGGCCUGGUCUCGGGCGGCCGGGCUCAUGGAGGAGCUGCACGGCGAGCGCCUUGCCGCCGAUGUACUGGCGUACAACGUGGCCAUCCGGGCGGCAGCAGGCGGCGACCUCUGGGAAACGGCCCUCAACCUGUUGGCUUCUCUGGAGCGAGAACUGCGCAGCGACGUGAUCACUUACAACUCCGCCUUGAGAUCCUGUGUGUCCAGCGCCCAGUGGCAGGUCGCCCUGCUGCUGUUUGCAAGGUGCCGCAGCCGGGCGCUGCAGGCGGACGCCGUGACCUACGGCACCGCCAUGGGCGCGUGUGAGAAGGGAGGGCAGUGGUCCCGAGCCCUGGCCCUUUUUUCGGACUUGGAGAAGGCGCAUCUUGAAGCUGACACCAUGACUUACAGCAAGGCCUUGGCCGCAUGCGCCAACGGCAGCCAGUGGCAGAGCGCCCUGGAGCUUUUCUCGCGCAUGGGGGUGCAGUCUCUGCAGCAGGGCGUCGUUUCGUACACGGCAGCCAUAAAUGCUUGCGGCGUGGCGGGGCUCUGGGAGGAGGCGCUGCAAUUUCUCCGCGAACUCCAAUACAAGAAGAUCUCCGGCAACCUCAUCUGCUGCACUGCGGCUGCUUCCGCCUGUGAGCAGCAAGGGCGUUGGCAGCAUGUGCUCGAGUUGCUCAAGGAGGUGAGUGCACGGGGUUGGGAGCCCGAUGUGGCUUUGUACAACUUGGCCAUCAACGCCUGUGAGCGGGGCUCCAGGUGGCAGAACGCGCUUCUCCUCUUCGGCGAGCUGGAGAAGGUCCGCUCUUUGCGGCCGCUCCCGGGAGUCUGA